AUGUUCAGUGAAGCAGAAAGUGUUGUACUGUUGUGCAAAGGCCUUGUGACUAUCGAUAAGACUAAAAGAGUUGUAGAUACAGAAAUCUGAUAUCUUUCCAAGGCUUAUCGACUACUAAGUAGGCCAGCUAGUCAAUGAUUAGUUGCAGAAUGUAACAGAGAAAAGCCCCGAAUUUCACUGAUAUCUUCAACUGAAAUGGAGUCUGUUCGGCGGAGUAACGUAAACCUGUAAACUCAGGCCUAUUUUCAAGACGAGGACAGGCUGCUCUCAACAAAGCUGUCAAUUAUUAGAGCCGCACAGUUUCCGUAGAUUUGUGAAUUUUCCAUGGAAGUUAUAAAUACGUUCUAAAAAGAGAUAGCAUUGCCAGUAAACAUGGAAAAUGAAGAAGGUGUGGCGUUUAACCAGGCUAAAAACACAAACGGAAAUGUUGAACAGGACCAAAGGCCAUCUUACAGUAUCCCAGGAAUUUUGCAUUUUAUCCAACAUGAGUGGACACGAUUUGAGAUGGAAAGAGCACACUGGGAAGUGGAGCGUGCAGAGUUACAAGCACGAAUUGCAUUUCUUCAAGGUGAAAGAAGAGGACAAGAAAAUCUAAAAAGGGAUCUUGUGCGAAGAAUCAAAAUGUUAGAAUAUGCUCUGCGCCAAGAGAGGCAAAAGUUUCACAAGUUGAGAUAUGGAACAGAUCUCAAGUUGCCUGAUAUUAAUGAUGAGACUACAGAAGAAGAGCCUGAAGUUAGCAGCUCCAAUGAAAACCUUUCAAAAGCUACCAAUUUCAAUUACAGACAGGGAAGGCAGAUUCUGAGGCAAUACUUGCAAGAAAUUGGCUAUAUUGACAAAGUGGUAGAGUUGCGUUCAGCAAGAGUAAAAAUGUUGCUUGGCCUGACUUCAGAAGAAGCAAAUGGACCGACUGCUCCUGAAACAGUGGAACAAAAAUCUCAUUUGCAAAAUCACACUGCUCCAAGGGUGAUAGCUAGUAAACCAAACGAGCAGCUGACCCAGCCAGGCUCUGUAGAUGGUGAAAAGGAUAAAGACAUUGAGGAUGAGCUAGUGAAGAAAUCACCACAAUUUGCUGUGAAGCAACAAGUUAUUAAAAGUGUUCCCAACGAGUCCGAUGAUGCUGUCAUGGACAGCUUCAGUUUCCUUCAACGUGAAGGGCAGGAUGCCGCCGAGGAGGAGGCUGACGAUGGUGGCAAUGCAGAUGAUGAGUUGGAUGACAGAGAAUUCGAAGACAAUAGGCUGUCAAUCAAACGAACCAAACAAGAAAAUCAAAACGAUGUAAUCGAAAAAUUACCCCCGGAUGGAGCAGAAAUAAUGAAAGAAUUUGACUUUUUAGCACAAGAAGAGCAAAAGAAUGAAGCAAAUGAGAGAAGUGGCCAAGGUGGAACACAGGACGAGUGGCAUGUCGAUCAAGGCAAAUUACAGAAGCAAAUAGAGCAAUACAAAAACGAACGCAAAGCCAUGGGCAAGAAAGGGAAACGCCCAAACAAAAUGGCUUUGCAGUCAAUGCUUGCGAAACUAGAAGGCGAAGAAGAUGUGUCUUCUGCACAGGCGCCUUCUACGCCAGCUAUUCCCGCUAACCAGAAUAUCAGCCUUCCAAACUCAUCGCCGUUUCGCGAUGAUAUCGCCCCACUAGGUGAUGUUGCUCUACCCAGUAGCAACUAUGCAGCCCGACCUGUAACCCCAGGUCAGCUGAAAGACGCGCCAAACGAUGCAAUGGAGGUAGCUUUGAGAUUAGGUGACUUGGCUGACCUCACCGUUUCAAAUGAAGCAGGGCCGCUUUCUGUAGAUAUAAAUUCAAGAGAAGACAUUAGAAAAACUUGGUCACCAAAGUAUACUCUUAGAAGCCAUUUUGAUGGAGUUCGCUCGUUGGUUUUCCAUCCGUAUGAAUCUGCCUUGAUAACUGGAUCGGAAGAUCACACACUCAAGCUUUGGUCAUUGCAGCGCAAUUCACAAAUGAAAAAAGGAAAUAUUUCCGAUAUAGAGCCUGUAUAUACGUUUAGAGGACACAGCGGCCCAAUUCUUUGCUUAGCAUUGAACACCAGUGGUAGUGUUUGUUACAGCGGUGGCGUUGAUGCCACAAUCCAAUGGUGGAAUUUGCCUCCGUUAAUGUUAGAUUUGUUCGGCUCUUACGAUCCCAGCGUUGCUGGUGAAACGCUGGUUGCCCACACAGAUGCAGUAUGGGAUUUGGCCGUGCAGGCUGAGACCGACCGGUUGCUGUCUUGUUCCGCUGAUGGAACCUGUCGACUUUGGAAUGCGGAACUUAAGUCUCCCCUGCUUUGUACCUAUAGAGCAGAAAACGAGACUGGAAACCCGACAUCGGUCGCAUUCAGCACAACUGAUUCGGGGCAGAUGAUUGCAUCUUACACUUCGUCAGAAUGUGUCUGUUUUGAUUUAGAAACUGCAAAGAUUUCCUUGCGGUUAGACAGUGCUAAAACUUACAAUGGAACUCCGUUUACGCAGAUAAAUAAAGUGCUUCCGCAUCCCACUCUUCCAAUAGUUUUAACUGCACAUGAAGAUAGGCAUAUUAGAUUUUUUGAUAUUAAUACCGGUAAACAAAUUCAUACCAUGGUAGCGCACUUGGAUGCUGUGACAAGUUUGUCAAUCGACCCCACUGGUUUAUAUCUCUUAUCUGGAAGCCACGAUGGAUCGAUUCGACUAUGGAAUAUUGAAAAUAAAACUUGUAUUCAAGAAAUCACCGCCCAUAGGAAGAAAUUUGACGAGGCUGUCUUUGACGUUGCUUUCCACCCGUCGCAGCCGUUUAUCGCCAGCGGUGGGGCGGACGCGGUUGCUAAAGUAUUUGUUUAAAAGUAGGUACAUAUAGGCAUUAAUAAAUGAAGAUAGUUUUGAAUUAUCUGUUGCUGAUUCAUGUUAUGAGCUACCCAUGGAAAGGUAUUUUGGAGAGGCAGUUGGUCGAUUUGAUAUGAAGAAAAAACAAAAUUGAGAAUGGAACGAAAUACCGUGCAUGUAGUUUAUUAUUUUAUAUGUGGACAAGCAUUUAUUUUUCAAGAAAUAAUACGCAGGCAAUGCCAGUUCCGCCCGCCAAAGCACAGCAGUGACAUUGAAGUCGAAAUAGCAAAGCAUGUUGUAUAUCAGAAAACAAUGGAAGCUUGUAUUGAUUGGGUGAAUUUUGUCACAUGACCUAUCCAUAAGUUUGUCUCAACUGGGUCCAGAAAAACUCAAGAAGUCUUGUUCCUGCUGAGGCUAUGAUAAGGCAAGGUGAAGAAGAUGAGCAUUUAUGGAAAACCAAUUAUGUUGACAACAAUAGAUUCUUUCUUUGAUUUACACCGGAAGCUGUCAUAUGAUGUCAAUCUUAGUGACAUGUCGAGCGCGUUCUCCAGAUCAAAGUUUUGAGGGCAUGAUUCAAAAUUUUUGACAACAAGCAAAAUCGGACGUCUGCUGUCUCACUAUAUAAACUGCCUUGUGAUUCAAACACAAUGACAAUAUGAAAAUUCUUCGCUAACGAAUUCUUGUAAAGGAAAUAGUUUAAAGAUUUCUUCUCUGAUAUUGAAACUAUAAAACUGAGACAGCGUUGAUUCUAGAGAACUGGGUAAGCUGGCAAUAACUGAUAUUCUUUCGUGAGGAGAGAAAGCGAGUAACAACUGGUCUUCUCUUCUUUUAGGAUGAUAAUGUAUGCAGAUUGUUAUGUUGCUUGUUUGAAGUAUUUUUAAAAAAUCCAAUGUGUUGAAAACUGCACAGAAUAAGGUUUUAGGAUACACCCCUGUUACUGCAAAAUUCAGAGGUGCCAAAAAAUUAUUUGCUUUAAUCAAGUUUAACGAGCCUACUUUUUGUUUGUAUAUGAUAAAAACCCGUUAUGUUUUUAUGAAAAAUGUUAAGAUAGCUCCUGGCAAUGGUUAAUCAAAAAACCGUACAAGUUUGUCAUACAAAAAGUCUGGAAUGAGAUUGACAGUCGUUUUCAAAAGCCAGCCUCGCUUUCGCACAUAACUUAUCCUCCAUUCUUAGCAAUAUGAUAUGAAGACUUUAGAACCAUUUAAUGUAAUCUCUUCAAGUUCUAACUAUUCGUUGUAAAUUUAAAUAUUGUUCCUAUAUUUUAUUAUCUACGCUUCAAGUCUGUGAAGUUCUUUUUGCAUUACUUUUGUGCAGUUGCAUCGAGUGUCCUGAAUCUGUAACAGAACAAUUUUGAAAUGAAGAGCCUGUUGCUUUGCCAUGAAACAAAUUCACCUUGUUCCUUGUUUUUUUCACAUUUGCUCAACAUUAUUUAUAAUGAGUGGCUAAAUUUCUAAGAUUUUUUAAAUCAGAUUACUUUUCUAAAUGAAAGAAAAAUAUCCUCAUGAAAACAUUAGGAAUUAUCGAGAAUACCAUAAAUCCGUUGUCAAUGACAAGAAACUCCUUGUAUCAAAAGAGACACAUUAUUCCUAGCCUUCCUCAAUGUCCUUUGUUUUGCUCGGCAGACUUCCCCUUUUAGGAAACCUCAGUACAACCUACUCUCACCAACCAAGGAUCAUUUCAAUUCAGAAUUAGAGAGGCCUGAUUGGUAGAAAACACACUGUUUUUAACUAAGUUUGGUUCCCCAAUAAUUCUGUUUAAAGAAAAUCCUUUGUACAUUUUUUCUUUUCUCGCUGUUUUUGGUAGUAACCGAUCGUCAAAUUUCAGCACAUCGAGAUCAUGUCAUAAAACUGUUGCUAGAUUUGAAAUUUCAAUACUCACUUGAAAAGUAAACAUGCGAUCACUUAUGUUGUAAACUUCCAUGUUCGAUGGUAAAUUUUUAAGAAGCUCAUUAUGUCGUGUAGAAAAAUAAUUUGAUGAUUUUUAUUAAUAGUCGUGAAUUGAAUCGCUCGCUAACUGUGUCA